AUGGAGAUCUCUGAGGACCGCCGUCCUGUGUCUUCGCGUCGGACGCCGAGAGAUGAGGGAGCCCGCGUCCCGACACUUGGGGUCCCGGACCGAGACAGAGAAUACGGCAACGCAGACCGGCUCAUUUCCUUGUCAAUGGAGGAUCCUUCCGACCCAGGCCUUUGCCUUGAGUCUCGACGACGAGGCUCGCCCAGACCACACCGGAGACACGCAGAUGCUUUAGGGCGAGGGACAGCGGCCCGAGAAAAAGAACGCGCCGUCUUCAACGCGACCUCCAAGAGGACCCGCCGCGACAGCUCCUCCUCUCGUGGGCGCCUGCCGUCGCUGGCCUUUUUCCCGUCUCCGACACGCCGGCGCGUCCUUUUCAUUGCUUUCCUCCUUGUCUUUUGCCUGGCUUGUUGGCGCGGCCCUGUGGAUUCUGAGGCGUCCAAACAUUCGCUCUCCCUCGCUUUCUCCAACCAGUCCCGGCUGCCUUCUGCAAUGCUGCCCGCUCUGGCGGUUCACGCUCUUUUGUCUCUCCAUUCGAAAGUUUGUCUGUUUUUCCCGCUUCUCUUUUCUUGGCCGUGGCCCGCCAAAGCCCUCCCACUUACGCACCGCCCCGUGCUGUGGGGCGGCGAGCGUUCAAACGUCCUUUCCCACCCUGUCUCCUUUGGCUCUCCCUCUUUGACCGACUCUCCGCCGCCUGCUCUCCCUGUCUCGCUUCCUUCGGGGGUGCGGUCCCCCUCUUCUUCCGGUGAAGGCCGCUGUUCGCGACUCUCGAAAGGCAGAACAGGACACCUUGAAGACGCCGCGCCUCUUAGUGGACGGAACGGAGCGAAGCAACAUCUGCGCUCGCCCGCGGGAUUCAUUCUCUCGAGCGGUUUUAUGCCUUCGAAGCGGAUGCCCGACUCUCGCGGACACAGUGAGGCAGAAAAGACACGGAGCGGCGCUCCGUUGUCUCUCUCAUCAUCUCCACGUUCCGCUGCGUCUGCCGCUGUCUCCUCGUCGUCCCUAUCUUCUUCCGAGCCCGGUCCUCCCUCUUCCUACUGUGUCUCCACAGCUUCAACUCAACGCUUGUCAACACGGACUGUUGUCGUCGGCCGAGGCGCGCUCGCCGCACCUUACCACGACUUCUUCGCAUCUUCAUCGUCUUCUUCGUCCUUGACGCCGCCGGGAAGUUGGAGAGAAGGCUACCCCGUUCUCAUCGGCGGCUCGCAUCCUCUCGUGGUGCAAACCAUGACGAAUUCCGACACGCGGGAUGUCCAGGCCACCGUCGAGCAGGCGAGUCCAGCGGCGUUCGGCCCAACGCGCCGCGACACCUUGCGGCUCUCUGCCGAGCUUUCUUGCGGUCCGAGGACUUUCAUGGUGCGAAUGACUGUUCAGGGAAUGAAGGAAGUGGAAGCCUCGAAGUUCAUUAAAGAGAAACUCGACAAGGCAAACCUGCGUAUUCCCCUCGUGGCCGAUGUUCACUUUCAACCUCGCGUGGGCCUCGCCGCGGCGGAAAUCUUCGACAAAGUUCGCAUCAAUCCGGGAAACUUCGCAGACGGGGCGAAGAAAUGGGAAGACGAGGUGGAGAGCGCAACAGGCUCCAACCUACCCGACGAGAGAAGGCGAGAAGCCGAGGCCGAGAGACGCUUCGACGACGGCCACAAGCGCAUAGAAGAGCUGCUCGUCCCUCUGAUUGAAAAGUGCAAAACGUUCAACACAGCGAUGAGAAUCGGCACGAACCACGGGUCACUUUCCGCCCGCAUCCUUCGGCGCUACGGCGACACGCCGCGCGGCAUGGUGGCGUCGGCGUUUGAAUUCGCAGACAUCUGCGUCCGUGAGAGUUUCAGGAAUUUCUGUUUCUCCAUGAAGUCGUCCAAUCCGCGAGUCAUGGUCCACGCCUACCGGCUUCUCGCGAGCGAAAUGCUCCGACGAAACGAACUUUUCCCCAUCCACCUCGGCGUGACAGAGGCGGGAGAAGGCGAAGACGGCCGGCUGAAGUCUGCCGUGGGGAUCGGCGCGCUCCUGCAGGAUGGCAUCGGCGACACACUGCGCGUUUCCUUGACCGAGCCGCCGUGGCGGGAGAUCCCCGUCGCGCUGUCGAUCGCGCGGAUGCAGGAACAGAAACUUCGGUUCGCGGCGCAGACGGGGGAACGGUGGCGGCUGGCGGGUCGGGGGCGGGCGAGCGGCCGCGGCCGAGAGCUCCGCGGCGAGCACGAGAACGCGACGGCGGGGCGAGACGGGGAAGGCUGCGACGCGUCGGUGCCAAGUCGCGGGGAAGAAGGAAGCCUUCUCGGCGAACACAGACAGGCGGAAGAUCUGGGUUUUGCCUCGGGGAUUCGCGCGUCCUCAGAGCUGGAGAGACAGUCUGCGGUUCUGGAGACUUCGGCCUGGGUCCCGCGCCCCUUUGAGGAGAGAACUCGGAACUUUGAAAACAUCGAGAAGCGAACAAUCCGCCCGCUCUUUUCGCGCAGCCGCGCGACCCAGGCAGACACAGACGGCAAGGGAGAAGGCGAACCGGAGUCGCAGAGGACCGGCGACGAACGCAUUCUCCACAGAGACGGCACGGUGAUGGUUCGCGUCAGUCCCGCGAUGCUUGAAGUUCCGGAAGUGUUCUACAAAGCCCUUGGGUGCAAGGUCGUCGGCGGCAAACCCUUCAGAAGCAUCGCCUCCGUCGAUUCGAUUUAUCUCCCUUCUCUCUCGCUUCCUUCUCAACAAGAAGGCCGUGGGCUGGUCGCGCGCGCUGCCCAAGCCCGAGAGACUCUGCAUGCACUCCAGGAGGCAGGCGUCGGCGUGCUGGUCCCCUUCCCGGACCUGGCCUAUUUGGUGUCCCUGCAGAAGCAACAAGAAGAGGAGACGCGGAAGGCCGUGAACGGGAACCGGGACUCCGUGGAGCCCGAGCGCGGCGCCACACGUGAUGGCGCACGCGACGAGGCCCAGGCCGACGAAGCGGAACGCGAGAGGUUUCUGCUUCAAACCUCUCUCCUUCCCUCGAAGAAAGAGGGCCUUGUGGGGGUUUUGCGCCUCCGGGAUGCAGCCGCCGUGAGAGGGAAACUCUUGCCGUUCGUCCGUGACAGACUCGAAGGAGUCGCACUCCUCGUCGACGGUCACGAGACGGAAGAAGAGAUCGACGCCGUUCUCGAAAUGGAGUCGCUUCUCUUUUUCCUCCUGCGCCCACCGGAGCGAGGUUCCCAGGGCGUCACUGUGACGAGGCGAUUUGUCGACAUUCUCAAGAGACGAGAAGAGGCAGAGGCGAAGAAGAGAGAAGCGAAAGGUAACGCAGAAGGCGGGCACCGUGCGGAGAGCAGAGAAGGACCGGGCGGCAUUCCCGUUAUCCACUGGCUGGAGCGCACCCCUUCGGUCGUCGCGGAAAGCGAGCUCGCAAGCAAGGACGGAGAGACGGGGAAGAACAACCGCUUGAUGCUCGAACAGGAAGAAGAGCAAGAGGGUGCGAUUUAUGCUGGAUGGGAAGUCGGCAGCCUCCUCGUGGAUGCGCUCGGCGAGGGCGUGCUGGUGGACUUGCCAGGCCUGUCUCUGCCUCGACAAAUCCGGCUCGGAUUCAAUCUCCUUCAGGCAUGCCGUCUUCGGAGCACCAAGACCGAGUUCAUUUCUUGCCCCUCCUGUGGACGCACUCUGUUUGACAUUCAGAAAGUUUCAGCGGAAAUCCGGAGGCGGACGGGCCACUUGCCAGGCGUGACAAUUGCCGUGAUGGGAUGCAUCGUGAACGGCGUGGGCGAGAUGGCCGACGCCGACUUCGGCUACGUCGGCGGCGCGCCGGGAAAGGUGGAUUUGUACGUGAAGAAGAAAGUGGUGAAGCGCGGCAUUCCCAGUGCGGAAGCGUGCGACGCUCUCGUCGCCCUCAUCAAGCAGCACGGCCGCUGGGUGGACCCGCCAAAGGAGUCAGCGGAGAGCGCAACGUGA